CUAUGACCUUGUCGUCUUGCCAACUCGGCCGAUUGUGGCUGCAAAUUAACGGCGGGGGAGAAGAAUCCUCCCAAUUGUCCGUCGAGGUUGAGAGAGAGAGGGAGAGGUGGAGGUAGAGAGGGCUGUGAAAUGGCAACCCUAGCCUCCUUCCUCUCCUCUCCUCUUCUCCUUCCGACGCGCCAUCUCUAUCGGAAGAAUCACCGUCACCCCCACCUACUUUUUCACAGCUCUCACUUCUUCUCGGUCUCUUCGCCUCGAAUCUGCCCGGCGCCGAGGACGAUCCGGAGCCCGAUAGUCCGCUCCUCGUCUGCCGGCGCCCCCUUUGACGAGCUGAAUUGGAGCGAAGACUCCCUCCCCGACAUCUCUUCCAAGAAAUCAGUCCUUUCAGCUUUGGUACAAGAGAUAGAACCACUGGAUGUGAGCCUUAUUCAGAAAGAUGUUCCACUGACAACAAUAGAUGCUAUGAAACGAACUAUUUCAGGCAUGUUGGGCUUACUACCAUCUGACCAGUUUCAAGUAUAUAUUGAGGCUUUAUGGGAGCCACUUUCAAAGUUGUUGAUUUCUUCAAUGAUGACCGGAUAUACUUUGAGAAAUGCUGAAUACAGGCUUUGCCUAGAGAAGAAUCUCGAUAUGCAUGAAGAAAACCCCGAGCACCCAAUAGCGGAGGGUUCCGAACUUGAUGUGCCAGAAAUUUUACUUGAUAGUGCAAAAAAGAUCGACUUUACAGGGAAAAAUGAGUUGCCAUCCAAAUUUGAAAAAAUUCCAGAAGACACAGGUGGGGAGAUAGAUAUUAAAGGGCUUGGUGAUAUUCCCCAUGAAGCUCAACAGUAUAUUCUUCAUUUGCAGUCUCGAUUAUCAUCUGCCAAAAAGGAACUUCAUGAAGUCAAGAGGAAGAAUGCUGCUCUCCAAAUGCAACAAUUUGUUGGGGAGGAAAAGAAUGAUUUGCUGGAUUACUUGAGAUCGCUCCAACCGGAGAAGGUAGCUGAGCUUUCAGAACCUACAUCUCCUGAACUAAAAGAAACAAUUCGCUCUGUUGUUCAUGGUCUCCUUGCAACCUUGUCUCCGAGGAUGCACUCUCAGCCUCCCCCUUCAUCGGAGAACACCUCAGUUGGAAAAGCAAGCGCUGUCAAUGAAGAUUGUGCUGAACUUGUGGAGAACACUUCGCUGCACUUCCAGCCACUUAUCUCGUUAACCAGAGACUACCUGGCACGCCUACUCUUCUGGUGCAUGUUGCUGGGGCACUAUCUCAGAGGCCUCGAGUAUCGAUUGGAGCUCGUGGAACUUCUCUCAUUGACAGCUGAAGCUGAAACUGAUGUCCCUGGCAGUGAACGAGUCACUUGAAGGUUCUCGUCGGAGGGGAGUUUUCUCGAAUAUUGUUUAUUGAUUCCGCUCUGUACAGAAGACUCUAAUGCGGUACUAAAUACGAAAUAUAGGCCAUGAAAAUGUACAUCGGUGGAGUGAUGGUCAGGUCCUAUUCCGUGUGCCAAGAGGAUGAUUCUGCUUAGAAAUGUUAAUAAAAUUCUCAGCCUUGUCAGUUAUGGUGGCAAUAAUUUUUGGAAA